AGGACCCGGCGGCCCAGAGGAUCCGCAGGGUCCUGUGCGUGGCCGAGAAGAACGACGCUGCCCGCGGGAUCGCGGACCUGCUCUCCAACAGCAGAAUGCGACGGCGAGAGGGGUUCUCCAAGUUCAACAAGAUCUACGAGUACGACUACCAGAUGUUUGGCCAGAACGUCACUGUGGUGAUGACAUCUGUGUCUGGACACUUGCUGGCUCAUGACUUCAAGAUGCCAUUCCGCAAAUGGCAUAGCUGCAAUCCUCUGGCUCUUUUUGAUGCUGAAAUCGAGAAGUAUUGCCCUGAAAAUUAUGUGGAUAUCAAGAGAACCCUUGAACGAGAAGUCCAGCAGUGCCAAGCUCUGGUCAUCUGGACCGACUGCGAUCGAGAGGGAGAGAACAUUGGCUUUGAGAUAAUUCAUGUGUGCAAAGCUGUAAAGCCAAACCUGCAGGUGUUCCGAGCCCGUUUCUCAGAGAUCACACUCCAUGCUGUCAGAACAGCCUGUGAGAACCUCACCCAGCCAGACCAAAAAACCAGCGACGCCGUCGACGUCAGGCAGGAGCUGGACCUCAGGAUAGGUGCUGCCUUCACCAGAUUCCAGACGCUGAGGCUCAGGAAGAUCUUCCCUGAUAUUUUGGCAGACCAGCUGAUCAGCUAUGGCAGCUGCCAGUUCCCCACCCUGGGGUUUGUAGUUGAACGUUUCAAAGCCAUCCAGGCCUUUGUUCCUGAAACCUUCUAUAAAAUCAAAGUGACACACGAUCAGGAAGAUGGCAACGUGGUCUUCAACUGGAAGAGGAACAGGCUCUUCAACCACACAGCCUGCCUGGUCCUUUACCAGAUGUGUAUGGAGGAUCCAGUAGCAACUGUCGUGGAGGUGGUGAGCAAGCCAAAGAGCAAAUGGAGGCCCCUGCCCUUGGACACUGUGGAACUUGAGAAGUUGGCCUCCCGCAAACUGAAAAUAAACGCCAAGGAAACCAUGAGAAUAGCAGAAAAACUCUAUACUCAGGGGUUCAUUAGCUACCCCCGAACCGAGACCAACAUUUUCCCCAAGGAGCUGAACCUCUCUGCCUUAGUACAACAGCAGACCCAGGACCCCAGCUGGGGAGCAUUUGCACAGAGGAUUCUGGAUCAGGGUGGGCCAACCCCUCGGAAUGGAACCAAAUCAGACCAGGCUCACCCUCCCAUUCACCCCACAAAAUACACCGCCGGCCUGCAGGGCAACGAGCAGAGACUGUACGAGUUCAUCGUGCGCCACUUUUUGGCUUGCUGCUCUCAAGAUGCCAAGGGACAGGAGACAACUGUGGAGAUUGACAUUGCUAACGAGCGAUUCAUUGCUCAAGGAUUAAUGAUCCUGGCCCGAAAUUACCUGGAAGUCUAUCCUUAUGAGAAGUGGAGUGAUAAGGUUAUCCCACUGUAUCAGAAAGGGUCUCGCUUUCAGCCCACUACAGUGGAGAUGGUGGAUGGGGAAACCAGCCCUCCAUUGCUCCUCACAGAAGCGGAUCUCAUUGCUCUCAUGGAGAAACAUGGCAUUGGGACUGAUGCCACCCACGCCGAGCACAUUGAGACGAUAAAGACGCGGAUGUACGUGGGCCUCACGGCCGACCAGCGGUUCCUGCCAGGCCACCUGGGCAUGGGGCUGGUGGAAGGCUAUGAUUCCAUGGGCUACGAGAUGUCCAAGCCUGACCUUCGAGCUGAGCUGGAGGCUGAUCUGAAACUCAUCUGUGAGGGGAAGAAGGACAAAUCUGUGGUGUUGCAGCAGCAGGUCCAAAAAUACAAGCAAGUCUUCAUUGAAGCUGUGGCCAGAGCCAACAAGCUGGAUCAGGCCCUGGCUCAGUAUUUUGGGGAAGCUGCAGAAAUUGUGGAGCAAGAGGAGGUCUACCCAGCAAUGCCCGUCCCCGUGCGGAAGUGUCCGCAGUGCAACAGCGACAUGGUCCUGAAGACCAAGAAGAACGGGGGGUUCUAUCUCAGCUGCGUGGGCUAUCCAGCCUGUAAAGCUGCUGUCUGGUUCCCUGACUUCGUGCUGGACGUGGCCAGGGAUGAGAGUGUCUGUGCUGAGUGCAAACCACAUCCAGUUCACAGACUGAAGUUUAAAUUCAAGAGAGGCAGCGUUCCACCCGUGAUGCCCCUGGAGUUCGUGGGCUGCAUCGGGGGCUGCGAUGAGAUGCUCAAAGAGCUCUUGGACCUGAAGUAUUUACACAGGUCAUCCCAAACCACAUCAGCCAGCCAGCAAACCACCCACCUGCAGCUCAGCAACGCCUUCAACAGAGCGAGCAGCGAGAACAGGCAGGCGAGGGGGACCACAAACCCAGCUCUGGGGCGUUCACUGCCCUCCAGCUCAACGAGGGCACCUCGACCUGCUCCCUCAGCAGCUGCAGAGGAUGGAAACGAGGACAGGGACAACGCAGUGACCUGCAACUGUGGGCAGGAGGCCCUGCUCUUAACCGUGCGCAAAGAGGGCCCCAACCAGGGCCGGCGCUUCUACAAGUGCAGCGACGGCGCUUGCAACUUUUUCCUCUGGGCUGAUGAGCAGUCUGAGAACAGAAGCAACUCAGCUCCCCGGGGCUCCACAGCCAAGGGCCCGGCAGGAUUUCGGCUCCCAGGAGGAGGGAGAGGCCCGGAGCUCUUGGGAAGCCACAGCUCAGGUCCGGGAGGGGCCGCGGUCUGCGACUGCGACCAGCCGGCCGUCACACGCACCGUCCAGAAGGAGGGGCCCAACAAGGGCCGGCAGUUCCACACCUGCUCCAAGCCCCGGGAGCAGCAGUGUGGCUUCUUCCAGUGGGCAGAUGAAAACCUGGCGCCAGGGCCUUCUGGAGAUGUCUCUAUGAACAACUUUGGCAGCACUGGAUACUCAAGAGCACUGGGAAGUAAAGCCAAGAGACCAAAUGGUCCCUCCUCAGGAACCACUGCCAAGAAACCACGGACCUGCAGCAUCUGCCACCAGCCUGGCCACACGAGGAAAACCUGCCCUCAGAACCACUGA